AUGGAUAAGGGUUUAUUUGCAGAAACAAGGGACGACUCAAAAGCAUUACUGAAAGCGCACCUCAAUAUGGGAAUUAGUAACAAAUCUUCACUGUCUGCCUGGCCAAGCCAUGUUGUUUCUCAGGGACAGUAUGUGACUCUUACUUGUGACACUCACAGUGAGUCUAAUAAAUUCAAGCUGUACAAAGAACAUGGAACUCCUAUUCCUCAGUUCCAUAACAAAAUAUUCCAGAAGAGCCUUCUCUUGGGACCUGUGACUCCAGCAUAUGCAGGAACCUACAGAUGCUAUAAUUAUAAACAUCAAUACCAUGAUGAACUUUCAUCAUACAGUGACCCUCUGAAGAUCAUAAUUUCAGGAAUCUACAGGAAGCCUUUUCUUUUAGCCCUACCAACUCCCCUGGUAAAAUUAGGAAAGAAGAUGACACUGAAGUGCCAUUCAGAGAUUAUGUUUGACACUUUCACUUUGACUUCACAUAGAAUGGGAGUAAUCAAGGACUCUUUCCAGCUCUCUGCAGAAUCUCAUCGUGGGGGAUCCCAUGCCAACUUCCCAAUAGGUCCUGUGACACCUGACCAUGCUGGGACUUACACAUGCUAUGGUUCUUACCACCAAACACCAUAUGAGUGGUCUGAAUCCAGUGACUCUGUUGACAUAAAGAUCACAGGUUUAUACAAGAAACCGACUCUGUCAGCCAUGAUGGGCCCUGUGGUGAUGCCAGGAGAGAACAUGACCUUGUCCUGCACCUCUGACCAUCAUUUUGAUAUGUUCCAUCUGUCCAGGAAAGGGGUACCUCAGGUACUUGGACUGCCUGCAGUUCAGAGUCACAAUGGAACAUUCCAGGCCAACUUCCUUCUUGAUCCUGUGAUACAGGAAGAGAACUAUAGAUGCUAUGGCUCUUUCAGGAACUCCUGCAAUGUGUGGUCAUCCCCAAGUGACCCAUUUUACCUUCCUGCUGACAACUUAUUGGAUUUAUAUCUUUCAGCAGAUAAUCACGGACUCCUGCAUAUUCUGAUUAGAGUGUCAUUUUUGAUGAUGGCUGUCUUCCUCAUGUUCAUCAUUCAUUCUCGGUGCUCUGCCAAAAGGAAUAAGUAUCGGGAAGGAGUCAGUGAGUGUCAUCUGAGUAGCAUGAGAAACUGA